AUGGCAGGUAUUGCCAUCCUCUCCCAGGGCGUGGGCUAUGGAGUCGUGCUGGGUGUUGGCUUUCUNUUUGCUCUGGGUAUGAUGUUUACGACGUGGGUGCUCAGGCGAUACAACAACGAGUUACAGACUAGUGAGGUCUUCUCUACGGCUGGUAGAAGUGUCAAGUCUGGUCUUGUGGCUGCUGCUGUGGUGUCGAGUUGGACUUGGGCUGCAACACUCCUACAAUCCUCUGCCGUAGCUUACAACUACGGUGUCUCUGGACCUUUCUGGUACGCCUCAGGUGCAACGGUACAAGUCAUCCUCUUCGCAACCUUGGCCAUCGAACUUAAGCGUCGAGCACCCAAUGCUCAUACCUUCUUGGAAGCCAUCCGUGCUCGCUAUGGUGGAAUCACCCAUGGCGUGUACAUCGUCUUCGGCCUCAUGACGAACGUCCUCGUUACAGCCAUGCUGCUGACCGGCGGUAGUGCCGUUAUUCGGGACCUUACUGGAAUGAACCCUGUGGCCGCCUGUUUCCUGCUCCCAGUUGGUGUUGUGGCAUACACGAUGUUUGGUGGUAUCAAGGCUACAUUUAUCACCGACUGGGUACAUACCGUGGUAAUUCUGAUCAUUAUCUUCUUGUUUGCCUUUACCGCAUAUUCGACCAACGAGAUCCUCGGAAGUCCAAGUGCUGUUUACGAUGCACUUAAAGCGGCUUCUGCUCGCCACCCUGUCGAGGGUAAUGCGCAAGGAAGCUAUCUUACCAUGCAAUCUCGUGAGGGAGGUAUCUUUUUCGUUAUCAACCUUGUUGGCAACUUCGGUACUGUCUACCUUGACAACGGAUACUGGAACAAAGCCAUUGCUGCUUCGCCANNAUGGCUCUGUGCUACGACUAUGGGUCUUGCAGCUCUGGCGCUGGAGAACAACCCCGUGUUCCCCACCUACCCUCUCCGCAUGGCAGCGGAGGAUGUAACAGCUGGUCUGGUACUCCCUAAUGCUGCAGUCGCUCUCCUUGGAAAAGGAGGUGCUGCCGCUACUUUGGUGCUGAUCUUCAUGGCUGUUACAUCGGCAAUGUCUGCUGAGCUGAUUGCAGUCUCAAGUAUCUGGACAUACGACAUCUACAACACUUAUAUUAACCCCAAGGCUCACGGCAAGAAUCUGAUCUACAUGAGUCACGUCAGCUGCGUGGUAUUUGCCCUGAUCAUGGCCGCGUUCUCAACAGGACUUUACUAUGCCGGCAUUGGUAUGGGGUACAUCUACUUGAUGAUGGGCUGUAUCAUUGGCGGUGGCGUUCUGCCUGCUUCCUUGACUCUCUUGUACGAUCGUCAGAGUUGGGCAGCAGCAACUUUCUCCCCCAUCAUUGCUCUUGCCUGCGCGCUCAUCGGCUGGCUUGUCCAAGCAAAAACUCAAUACGGAAACCUCUCCGUCGAAUCCACAGGCUCGAACUACCCCAUGCUGGUCGGUAAUGUCGUCGCUCUCCUCACCCCCGUCGUCACAGUCCCCAUCCUCUCCCUCGUCUUCCGCACCGAAAAGUACGACUGGCAAUCCAUGAAACAAAUCCGUCGUCCCGAUGACUCAGAUCUCACUGCCGCCGCUCACGUCGACCCCGACUUACUUCCCGGCGGCGCGCAUGGAGAAACAGCACAAUCACUUGCUGCAGAAGCCGCAGAGCAGAAACAUCUGUUGCGUGCGUCUAAGAUUGCACGUACGCUUACUGUAUGUUUGAUCCUCUGUUUCUUGAUCUUGUGGCCGAUGCCCAUGUAUGGAUCUGGCUAUAUCUUUAGCAAAAAGUUUUUCACGGGAUGGGUUGUGGUGGGUAUUAUUUGGUUGUUUGUUACGGCGUGUUGUGUGGGUAUAUACCCGGUGUUUGAGGGGAGGAAGACGAUUAUUAGGACGUUUAAGAGUAUGUACUUGGAUGUCACGGGUAAGCAGCACCCGGUCACUCAUGGCAGGGCUACUGUUGCUGAGACGGCGGUGGCGGAGGAGAAGAUGGAGGGGAAGGAGAAGGACAGGGAUGCUGAGGCUGCUGUGAGGGAUUCUGAUUGA